CUCUGCCGGGGUGCGUCCGAGGCCCCCUCCACUCCCAGCCCCGGGGGGCUGCUGCCCCGCCCCCUUCCUGCGCGGGCGGGGUCUCUGCGGCGCCGCAAUCGGGCGCGCGCGGGGCUGCGCGGACGCGGGUCGGCCGCCGGUGCCCUGAGGUCGCCAGGCCGACCGCGCCGCCGCCCCUUGCCUGACGCACGGAGGGGCCGGGACGCGAUUUGCGGCGAGUGACUGGAGCCGCCGCUACCGCCGCGCGGGCCCGCCCCGCCCCCAGCCCGCCUUUCUCCCGCCUCGGCCCUUCGCCUCCGCCCGCGCCUCGCUCGCGUCCCCGCGUCUUCCCGCCGCCCCGGAGCCUCCGGCCGCCAGCUCCAACGCCAGCCGGAUAUUUUAAUGUUGCAUGUAGUCUAGAGCUCCAUCUUACUCAGUUGGCUGUUUGUCAUUGGCUGUUUUGGGAGCUGUUUUACUGAAGUGAGGAAAUUUACUGGAGUAAAAUGGAGGCCUCAGGAAUAUUACCCAUUCUGAAGAAAAAGCUAGCUUUCCUUUCAGGAGGAAAGGAUAGACGAAGUGGCCUCAUUCUGACAAUUCCAUUAUGCCUGGAACAAACAAACAUGGAUGAGCUGAGUGUCACAUUGGACUACCUACUCAGCAUUCCAAGUGAAAAGUGUAAGGCUAGAGGAUUUACCGUGAUUGUGGAUGGCAGAAAAUCACAGUGGAAUGUGGUGAAAACAGUAGUUUUAAUGCUACAGAAUGUUGUUCCAGCUGAGGUGUCCCUUGUUUGUGUAGUGAAGCCAGAUGAAUUCUGGGAUAAGAAAGUAACACAUUUUUGUUUUUGGAAAGAAAAGGAUAGACUUGGCUUUGAGGUUAUUUUAGUGUCUGCUAACAAAUUGACUCGUUAUAUAGAACCAUGCCAGUUAACAGAAGAUUUUGGUGGCAGUCUAACCUAUGAUCACAUGGACUGGUUAAAUAAGAGGCUGGUUUUUGAGAAGUUUACAAAGGAAUCUACAUCAUUAUUAGAUGAACUUGCUUUGAUUAACAAUGGAAGUGAUAAAGGAAAUCAAGAAAAAGAAAGGUCUGUGGAUUUAAACUUUCUUCCAUCAGUUGAUCCUGAAACAGUUCUUCAGACAGGGCACGAGUUGUUAUCUGAAUUACAGCAGCGUCGAUUUAAUGGUUCAGAUGGAGGGGUCUCCUGGUCUCCUAUGGACGAUGAACUGCUUGCACAGCCACAGGUUAUGAAAUUACUAGAUUCACUGCGAGAGCAAUAUACCCGCUACCAGGAAGUUUGUAGGCAACGUAGUAAGCGUACACAGUUAGAAGAAAUUCAGCAGAAGGUGAUGCAGGUUGUGAACUGGCUUGAAGGGCCUGGAUCAGAACAACUAAGAGCACAGUGGGGGAUUGGAGACUCCAUUCGGGCUUCCCAGGCCCUACAGCAGAAGCAUGAAGAGAUUGAGAGCCAGCAUAGUGAAUGGUUUGCAGUAUAUGUAGAACUUAAUCAGCAAAUUGCAGCCCUCUUAAAUGCUGGGGAUGAGGAAGAUCUUGUGGAACUAAAGUCAUUGCAGCAACAACUUAGUGAUGUUUGUUAUCGACAGGCCAGUCAGCUGGAAUUUAGGCAAAAUCUCUUACAGGCAGCUCUUGAAUUUCAUGGUGUUGCCCAAGAUUUGUCUCAGCAGUUGGAUGGCUUAUUAGGGAUGUUGUGCGUAGAUGUAGCACCAGCUGAUGGAGCAUCGAUUCAGCAAACUUUAAAACUGCUUGAAGAGAAGCUGAAAAGUGUUGAUGUAGGUUUGCAACGUCUGCGUGAAAAAGGCCAAGGUCUUCUGGAUCAGAUCUCCAACCAGGCAUCCUGGGCCUAUGGGAAGGAUGUAACCAUUGAAAAUAAAGAAAAUGUGGACCACAUACAAGGAGUAAUGGAAGAUAUGCAACUUAGAAAACAAAGAUGUGAAGACAUGGUAGAUGUGCGAAGGCUGAAGAUGCUUCAGAUGGUGCAGCUGUUUAAGUGUGAAGAAGACGCUGCCCAGGCAGUAGAAUGGCUAAGUGAACUUCUGGAUGCUCUGCUUAAGACCCACGUCAGACUGGGUGAUGACGCUCAGGAAACGAAAGUUUUACUGGAAAAGCAUAGAAAAUUUGUUGAUGUUGCACAGAGCACUUAUGACUAUGGAAGACAGUUGUUACAGGCCACAGUUGUGUUGUGCCAGUCUUUGCGCUGCACUUCUCGGUCAUCAGGCGAUACACUUCCCCGACUGAACAGAGUGUGGAAACAAUUUACAAUAGCAUCUGAAGAGAGAGUACAUAGGCUGGAAAUGGCAAUUGCAUUUCACUCCAGUGCUGAAAAGAUUUUGCAAGACUGUCCAGAAGAGCCUGAAGCUAUUAAUGAUGAGGAGCAAUUUGAUGAAAUUGAAGCAGUUGGGAAAUCACUUUUGGAUAGAUUAACUGUUCCUGUAGUUUAUCCUGAUGGAACUGAGCAGUAUUUUGGGAGUCCAAGCGACAUGGCUUCUGCUGCAGAACACAUCAGAGACAGGAUGAAACUAGUUAGUCUAAAAAGACAACAGCUGAGACAUCCUGAAAUGAUGACCACAGAGAGCUAAUAGCUACCAGCUUCCCACAGAUUUGUGUUUUAUAAUCCCGCAUGUCGUCGGCAAACUACAUUAGCCACAAUACAUUAAGAAACAUUUCACAACCAGGAUAAGCCUCGUUUCUUUCCAUUACACAUUUCUCUCUACCUUGCAACUACUAAGACAAAAUUAUUUAACAUGCUUUGAGACCAUACACUCCAAGUAUCUUAAAAGAAGGAACUGUAAACAUUGCACUGAAUUUUUUUUAAAGCUUUACCUGAUCUGUCAGUUUAUAGAUGAACAACUGAUAAUAAGCUUUGAGUGGUGCUAAUAACAGUUUAGGAAUUCUAUAAAAAUUGGUUACCCCUCCUCCCCAGGUGAUGUAGUAAAUUUAGACUGUAAGUAAACUGUUCCAAGUAGACAGUGGUGUCCUCAAAAUUUUCCUUUGUAAACCUUCGAAGUUAAUUAUUUUUAUUGUGUCAGUGUGGAGAAAACCUUCAGAUUUUUGAUAUAUCAUUCAUUAAGAGACAUUUUCCUAUUUGUAUUGAUAAUGUAUUAUAAGUUGUUUAUGCUUAAUAAAAAGCUUCUUUUAAGCAUUGUAUUUAAUUUAGUGGUUAUAUCCUGUUUCUAAACAUGAGUGUGUCUUUAAUUAAAAUGGCAUUCUUAAGAUUGUGAGGAUUGUUUAAUAUUUGCUUUUUUCAUAUUGAUUGCAUGUGUUUUAGCCAGAAAUUCAUAUGUAAGCAUGUAUAUAUAAUAAAAAGGCAUGUAUUAUCAUGAAAAAUAAUUGUGAAGAAAAUUUAGAUCUUUAAGAACUUAUGAACAAUGGAAUACUAUUUCGGAUUUUUCUUUUCUUCAACUUGAAAAACAUCCAAAUUAUUAACUACCCUGAAGAUACUUUGUUUUUAGGGGAGGAGUACUGGGAAAUAAGCUACGUGUAAUUAAGUGUAAUCCUUUAUAUCAGAGUAUCUUUCUGGAACUAAAUUAGCAAUUGUUAAUAAAAUUUAAUUUCUUAUGCUAGAGUAGAAGCAACAUUCUGAAGUAGUCUAAUAGCAAAAAGUGUACAACUCUUUAAGAAAUAAAAUUUAUAAACUAGUGAUUUUAA